GCCAAGGGCAGCUGGUGAUUGCAGCUUAUUGUGGGGGUGUUUACCCCCACAAUCACACCUGCCCCUUUCCUCGAGGCCACCAAACGGACGCCUCUGCAGUCACCGCCGACUCCGCGCGAUGACAGGACCAUCGGCAGACCCGGUACCCGAGCUCUCGCGCCCUUCCCCUCCACCCUCUCAUCCUAUUGGUGGCGGCCCGCGUAUCGAGCGCGCGACUUGACCCCACCAGCCCCGACCCUCGCUCCCUCUCUCCUCCUUGUCGGCUCGCGGCCGCCUGGGUGACAUAACGAUCGCGCGCACCUCUUUCCCCUCGCGGACGAAGUUCGAGUCCCUUGAUGACGUGACAAUCGGUGCCUCACCCCGCACCCUGACGAGCGCUUUGCUGUCAAUGCAGUGGAAGGAGCUCGGGGCCCCGAUGACGUAGCAUCAUCUCCCACCACCCAACCCGUCGCCCCAGAUUUGAUGACGUGAAGGCUCCCGUGCCGGAGCGCGAGCCCCGGUGCUCCAAGGGCCGAUCCCCCGCCGGUCAGAGCGACGAUGCUGUCGGAGGUGCAACCGUGCCUGCAGCUGCUGCGCAUCGGCACUGCUCCUCAGCCGAGCCCCGAAUCCGGCCCGGCGGCGCCGCGGGAUCUCUACACCUUCCUGCCGGCCGGUCAGCGCUGUACUUUUCGCCUGGGCCGCCAGGCUGACUUGACCGACCUGCGCCUGAGCUCGGGCCGGGCUGACGAACUCAUUUCGCGGGUGCACGCCGAGCUGCAGGCCGAGAGGGGCUCGGCGGGCGACUGGAAGGUGCACAUCGUGGACAGGAGCACUAAUGGUACCUUUGUGAAUGAUGUUCGCAUACCCAAAGGCCAAAGGACAGAGCUUGCAGAUGGAGAUACUGUCACUUUUGGCCACCCAGAUGCUGUGAAUAUCCCAGAAGGUUGUUUGGCAAGUCAGCAGGACUCCGAAUUCUAUUUCCUGUUCCAAAAGGUCAGCGUCCGUCCAGCGGACUUUGAUGCCAUAACGAUCCCCAAGGUUCAGGAGCAAUGUGGAUUCCGACCUGUUUGUUCUACAGACAAGUGCAUCUCUCCCCAAGGGGCCAGGAUACGGAGCUUCACUGAAACUCCAGCUGCUUCCCGAGCAACAUUGAUUCUGAACUCCAUAGGAAGUAUCAGCAAGCUGAAGUCACAACUAUCUGCAUUUCAGACUGUUCGGGGAGGUAGAAGCCAGUGCAAUGAUACGAAGGGAGUUCUUGGAAAGUUUCAGCAGUUCUCUCUGAAUGGCUGCCGUCCCAGUAACAAUGCAGUUGCUGCUCCAGCCCAGAAGAGGCCCGUAACCAAGCAACGGCGGAAGACCGUCCACACUGUUCUUCCUGAUCUGGAGCUCGAGGAGGAAUUACAACGGUUCUCAGUAGAGGUGCAACAAAGUGCCAACAGCCGUCGGCACUGUAAGUCUGAGUCUGACGUUGACCCAGAUCUGUACCGACAGUUGACUCUGGGUGUUCGGGAACUGUCGCCAGAACCAAAGCCGACUUUCAAAAAGCAUAAAUUGGAGCACAACACUCCUGUUCUCCAAAAUUCAAUGGAGAAUACUCACAUCACUCCCACUGGAAAGAAGCGAGGGCGUCCCCGGAAGCAUCCUUUAGGCAGCAUUCCACUUGGUUCAAAAGUUACAUGCAAGGUCUUCACCCAUACACUAUAUGCUGCUGAACAGUGUGCAGCUGAGCAGUGCCAGUUGCCACAGGAAGAUACUGUUGAGUGGGUGCAGUGUGAUGAUUGUGAUGCAUGGUAUCACAUUGCCUGUGUUGGGUGCAACUACAUCGCUAUGAAAGAAGCAUCAGCGGAGUUCCAUUGUGGCUGCACGUAACUGUCACUUUAUAAUCAGUCUUCCGGUUAGGGUUUGCCUAAGCUGGAGAGAAGAUGUUGUGAUCUGAGGAGUCUACUGGCUACUUGUCUAUCAGAUUUGACUGAACUUCAGACUUUAAAAGGCUGCAUAUUCUUCCUUUUAAAUUACUUCAUUUGUGAAGUGCUGGAAGUAUGGCAACUAAUA